AUGAGGGUUAAUUUAAGUACUAAUCAUUUGAAUGAAUAUCCUGAUAGUUAUUUAGUGAAAUUGGUUUCAAACGAAAACGACGGUAAAUUUCAUUCAAAAAUCGGUGAAUAUUUUAUACUAGAUGAAGAUCAAGAGAUAUUUUCGUCUGUAAUACAAUUUUAUCGCAUUGGUAAAUGGUCAUUGCCACAUGAAUACAUAAAAAAAUUGGAAAACGAUAUUAUUGACAAACAUUUAUUGCCAAUCGAUUUACAUAAGAGUAAUGAGGAAUUGUUGAUACCGUUUUAUGUAAUGAUUUAUGAUAAUAAGAAUUAUUUGGUAACGGAUCCACCACCAUCCCGAAUUCCUGAAUUUCAAAAUGCUCCAUUUUAUAAUCGUAGUCACUCGGAUGAUUUAUUAAAUGUAACCUUCGUAGAAACUGUAAACCAUUUAAUUAAAUGCGGUUAUGUGGUUGGAAAUUGGAAUCAUGAAAAAGCUUAUGUUCGAUUGAAAAAGCUAACUAACUAUUUGGCAUAA